AUGGAUAACACAUUUCGGGGCUCCAACUGGGCCUGGGCAGUGGCCAUUAUCUCGUUCCUAGGACUUUUCACUAUUUUCUUUGUCUCGCCACACCUCUUCCCAUCAAAAUUGACGGUGAUCAAUGGUGGAAAAGCCUGGGAUAUCUUUCGCACCACGGCAAAGAAGCGAUUUCGUUCAGAUGCGGCAAGUCUUCUAAAGAGCGGGUUUGAGGAGUCUCCGGAUGCCUUUCGCAUUCUCACUGACAACGGGUCCUUACUGGUCUUGUCACCUCAAUACGCUCGAGAGGUUCGCAGCGAUGACCGACUUAGCCUAGACCAUUUCAUUGCCUCGGAAUUUCACCCCGACAUCCCAGGUUUCGAGCCGUUCAAAUUGAUCUUGGAUCCAAAAAACCCGUUGAACACGAUCCUCAAGUCCAACCUCACACAAGCACUGGCAUACAUCACAGAGGAUUUGUCUGCGGAGGUUACAGAGGCACUAUCUGCAACCUGGGCCGAUGACACCAAAUGGCACGAGGUUAGCGUAAGUCAAACAGCUCUCAAGCUUGUCGCACAGAUGGCGUCCAAGGCCUUCAUAGGACAAGAAAAAUGCCGGGAUCCCAAGUGGCACAACAUUAUCAUCACCUACACGCACAACGUCUAUGGAGCAACACAGGCACUCCACUUUUGGCCUAGUUUCCUACGACCCAUAGUGGCACGGUUCUUGCCCGCAUGUAAAGUGUUGCAGGCUCAGAUUGCCGAAGCACGAGAGAUCCUGGAACCCUUGGUGGCCCAGAGGCGAGCCGAGAAGGCCAUCCGAGCGACUCUGGAGAAGCCUGCGCCGUCCCGUGGGGAUAUCAUUGAUUGGCUGGAGGAUUCUUAUGGCGACCAACCGUACGAUGCCGUGGCUGCACAGCUGCUGCUCUCGUUCGCUGCUAUUCAUGCAACCUCUUACCUCCUGGCGCAGGUGCUCGUGGAUCUCUGCAGUCAUCCGGAGCUAGUACAAGAUCUUCGGGCAGAAGCUGUAUCCGUGCUGGGUAAAGAGGGAUGGACUAGGGCUGCCUUGUACCAGCUGAAACUAAUGGACAGCGCACUCAAGGAAAGUCAACGCCUGGCCCCAAACAGAUUGUUAUCCAUGGGACGCAUUGCGCAGGGUGAUAUGAACCUGUCUGAUGGUCUCCGUAUCACUCGAGGCACGACUCUGAUGGUGUCUUCCCACAGCAUGUGGGAUGCUGAGAUCUACCCGGAUCCACGGCAGUACGACGGCUACCGAUUCCAUAAGCUACGGCAGACAUCGGGGCAAGAGGGCCAGCACCAGCUGGUAUCCUCGACGCCGAAUCACAUGGGGUUCGGAUACGGGAAGCAUGCUUGUCCGGGACGGUUUUUCGCCGCAGCCCAGAUCAAAGCUGCCCUGUGCAAUAUCCUUCUCAAGUAUGAUAUUGAAUACAGGGGUGGGCAGUCACCGGGGGUCUGGAGCCAGGGUAUUCAUCUGUAUCCCGAUCCGACGUCUAGGAUCCACGUCCGUCGACGGAAAGAGGAGAUUAAUUUGUGA